GAGUCGUGUUACCUUAUUGACUGUUUCCACUGUUGACGUAUCUAAAUGUUAAAAAUAAAAAUGUAAUUUUUUGUUUGUGAUUCAAUUAAUGUUUUGAAGUGGAUUUGUGAAAUUCUACUCCAGUACAAUACAAAUUAAAAGCGAUUGAUACUUUUAUCCAUGGCUACUUCAAGUGAUACUUCAGACCAAAAUGUUAAAUCCAAAAGACCUGCUGAUUCUGCGUUCAAACAACAACGACUUCCCGCGUGGCAACCUAUAUUAACUGCGGGCACGGUCUUGCCCACUUUUUUUGUAAUUGGAAUUGCUUUCAUCCCUGUUGGUGUUGGACUCCUCUACUUUUCAGAUGAGGUGAAAGAACAUGUCAUUGACUAUACAAACUGUUUAAAAGAUGAUGAGAACAUAACUUGUGCAGAAUACAUAAAGCAGAACUUUAUGGAACCUUGCAGAUGUAGCAUUCCCUUCAAUCUUACUGAAGAUUUCAAAGGAGAUGUCUACUUUUACUAUGGCUUGAGUAAUUAUUAUCAGAAUCAUCGCCGAUAUGUCAAAUCAAGAGAUGACAAUCAGUUGCUGGGGCGUCUGUCGGCAGACCCAUCAUCAGACUGUGAACCAUUCGCUUAUGAUAGCAAGAAGAAAAUACCUAUUGCUCCAUGUGGUGCAAUUGCAAACUCCCUUUUCAAUGAUACACUAACAGUGUACUCCCAAGUUCUGUCAAAGGAUAUACCAGUGAUUAGGACAGGCAUUGCAUGGGACUCUGACAAACGAAUCAAAUUUCAAAAUCCUCCAGGCGAUCUUAAAACCGCAUUUGCAAACUACACAAAACCUGAAAACUGGCAUGUCAAUAUAUGGGAGUUGGAUCUUGAAGAUCCUAACAACAAUGGUUUCCAAAACGAGGACCUGAUCGUUUGGAUGCGUACUGCGGCGCUGCCGACAUUCCGCAAGUUAUACCGGCGCGUUGACCACACCAAAGUCGGCUUCGGCGACGGACUCAUGAAGGGCGCCUAUAUACUUAAUGUUGCUUACAACUACUCCGUGAUCGAUUUCGAUGGUCGCAAGUCUUUUAUAAUAUCGACAACGUCGCUACUCGGUGGCAAGAACCCGUUUUUGGGCGUCGCGUACGUGGUGGUGGGCACGCUGUGUCUCCUGCUCGGUAUUGUGCUCCUGGUCAUACACGUGCGCUGUUCCAAGAGCACAACCGAAAUGAUCAACGUGAACCCUCGGACGCCAUAUUCUUAAAUCGCAGCAGCAACAUGGAUGCGUAAAACUAAUCGUAACACUCGUAAAUAUGUGCUUAAAUAAAUGUAGUUGAAAAUAAUUACAGUAAUAUUUAAAUGUUUAUUAUUGAGAAUUGUUAACCGACUUCAAAACAGGAGGAGGUAUAUGUUUCACUGUUUAUUUUUUUAUGUAUGUCCACCAACUUCUCCGUCAAUUGUGGACCAAUUUUAAAAUUCUUUUUGUAUUCGAACCAGGUGGUCUCAUUGUCACCGAGUCAGGAUUUGAAAAUGGGCUCCCAAGGAAAUCGAGGGCAAAUGUCAAAUUUUAUAGGCACAUGUGUGAUGUUUGAUAUUUAAUCAAAAGUUAUUUAGAUAUUUACAUCUGGUAGUCAUCAUCUUAUGUUGCUUAGAUGAUGAUGGUGAUUUAAACACUAUAGCCUCAUAUAGUCAGUUAGUUGUUAUCCUUACUUAAGUUAUUCAGAUGAGCUGAUUAUGGAAGGUUUGACUCCUUAACGGUUAGGAUUUAGGGGAUAAUGCCUAGGAUAUUAUAAGCACGUAUAGACCUUUCUUAGGCUCUUUCGUUAGUUAUUUGGGUGAUUGCAUCUGGGAGUGAUCAUUUCAUGUUGCUGAGAUGAUGAUGGAAGCCACAGGACUGUAUCGGUAAACAAAUCAUCCUAUUUGGCGAGUGGGUUAUCCUGUCAGCGAGAGUUAAAGUUGUUGUUAUAUACAGUUUUGUUAUUACUAAAAAUAAAAAGUUAAAAGCAGUAAAUCAAAUUUAUUUAUUUAUUUAUUAUUAAUUAAUUUUUAAACUAACAUACAGUUCUGCAAUGGUAUAAUGACAAUUGGAUUGUAUUAUAAGAUGUAGUUUUUAAUUCACUUCUUACAUAUUAUUUUCACUAAAACAAUAAAAAUAAACAAAGUUUAAAAAAAUUAAACUGACUUCAAAAUUAAUGUUGCAAAGCAAAGCAGUAAAUAAACAGAUACUGACUUUUAAUUUGAAGGACAAUAUCUAUUUAAAGUCGGUGCUAGGCGCAAAGAGAAACAACAACAAUAAUUAUGAUGUAUAAAGCAUAGAUUAAUAACGAAAUAUAAAUAUAAUGAAAUACUUAAAUAUUAUUGUUAAUAGUUAAAGACCAACUUUUAAGCAACUGUAUCUAUCAACAUAAAUAACAUAACGCAUCAAUUGGCACCAACUUCAAAUGGAUUUUGUUCUUUAAAUUAAAAGUCAGUAUCAGUUUUUAUUUUUUUUUUUU